AUGAGGGCAAACCUGAAUAUAGACACAGGCAGGAGGUACCUCCAACAUACCCACGCGAACACAUCGUGGAGAAGCACCAAAGAGAACAGGCACUACAAAGGGAAAGACCUAAAUUUAUGCACGCCGUUCAACCAUACGGCCAACUUAUGCCACGAACGAAUGGACGGAAAUUUUUACACCUACGAUAUAAGCGCAACAAUUUUCAGGCUGCUAAAAUUUGUACACAAAUUGCAGCAAAGGGAGGGUCCCAAUGUAACUGACCAAACAAGCAGUGAAAACAUGUCUCCCAAUUAUCAAGUGGACAAACUAUUUUACUGCUACGCUUCGAUUUAUAACAAUAUAAGCAAAAAUUUAUUUUUAAAAUUAACGCUGGAGUUUUUAAAAUCCCCCGCACUUCACAAAAAGAUGACACAAAAUGGGGAAUUUUAUCAGCAAGUGCUCUGCGAAAUAGUAAAGUGUGCAGAUGGCCCUGAAAAAAUGGACAAGUGUUUUUUUUACGAAUAUGUAAUUAAAAUUUUAUCUGUCAUUUUGAAGAAUAAAAACGCCUUCAACGAUAUGUACCAAAGGGUAUUUUUCCAGGAUGUAUUAAAAAUGAUACGUGGGGAAAACAAUAUAAAUUAUUUUAUAAAAAAUUUUACGUUUUUAAUUUCGUGUAUUUCUUUGUAUAAAAGGAGGCUAAAAAAAGAGGUCCAUUUCAACAGGCCAAAUGGGGAUGUCCAAAUGGAGUACCUCGCACAGGAUAAUGAGACACUCCUCGUGCAGAAGAAAAAACAACUUUUACAAGAGUGCCUUCCAAUUAUCCUGGACAUUUUUAACAAACUCCAGGAGUACAAUCACCUGAACGAUGUGGACAUUUGCAACAUUGUUGACUUCCUAAAUGAGUUUAAGCAAUCGCAUAAAAUAAAAUCCGCCAUCUGUAGAGAUAUACAUAAAUAUUUCAAGCCAUCAAGCGAUAUGAAGCAUUUGUGUUUGAUUUUGUACCUCCUCACGCAGUCGAAAAAUGAGGAGACGCAGCUCACCCAGGUGGCCUACACACACGUGUACGAUAUUAUAUGUUGCAGGCGCAGUGACUUGACCGAUCCGAAAAAUGUGAACCUUUUUCUGCUGGGCGUCACAAGAUGGCGCCGCAAGGUGGGCGUCCAGCAGAGAAGGGGUACCCCCGUUGGGAGGGGUACCAUUGGAAGGGACACCCGCAGAGGUGGGCAUCCGGACGGGGAUGCAGAAAGGCCGCUGAGGAGGAUGAAAACCCACUCAGCAAAGUGCAGAGAUAUGCUGCAAAAUUCCUAUGGAGCCAAAUCGAAAAGCGCAAACCUGCAUUUAUGCCAACUCGUGCGACACAAUUUUUUCAAAAAGCAGAAAAUGAAGAAGGAAAAAAAAAUGUACUUUUGGAUUAAACACCGCUUUCUGCAGUUUGUGAAAAAGGGACAGUUAAGCAGUAAAUAUGUCAAAACGUUUUACCAGUAUUUUUUGCCCUACCAUAUAAGUAAAAAGUGCACGAGAAAAAAGAGUUAUAUAUCCCCCCUAACGAUUGUAAAGAAGGUGGGAAAAGUGUGA